UGCAAAGUUAAUCAGGUUCCGUUUCCAGCUGUCAGCAUUUGCAACUUCAAUCCUGUAUCGUUAAAACGAACGGCAGGUAUUACAGAAAUAUUAAGAAACAACAACAGAACUCAAAAAGAAAUUGAAAACUUUUACCGCAAUCUACCAAACCUAAUACAUUUUAGAGGGUAUGACGAAAACUUAGACGAUGUUUCAGAGAUUAUGGAAAUUCUGAAGCAACAUUAUUUUAACACAGAAACUAUAAUGGAAGAGGUGCAUCAGCAGUGUGAAGAUCUUUUAUUAUACUGCACAUUUAAUAGUAAGAAGAAAAACUGUAACAAAAUGUUUAAUUUUAUAAAAACCUACGAAGGUCAUUGCUGUGCUUUCAACUACGCAGCUCUCAACGAUGGAAAUAUGGAUGAAAUAUCUUACGACGAUGACAUCGAAUACUACUCGGACCCAAGCAAUGAGGGAACUAGCGGUAUUUAUGUCACAUCGAAAUCUGGCAGAGGAUCUGGUCUGAGCGUGGUUUUGAACGUGGAGCCGAGCGAUUAUCCUGAAUGGUCUUUGACGCCAUACAACGGAGCCAAGAUUCUCCUCAAUGAUCCAACUGACUAUCCAGAAAUAACAGUUUUAUACAAAUAUGUCGUGCUAGGUCAGUCACUAGAUAUUAAAGUGGAACCGAGGAUAUUCCAAAGUGAUGAUGACAUCAGACUCGUGCCUUUGGAGAAGCGCAAUUGUGCCUUCCACGAUGAAUUCUUACUUCAACAUACGGACCGAUUUAGUAGCGAAACUUGUAAAACUGAAUGUAAAAUGAAGAACUAUGCAGAUCAGUGCGGAUGCGUACCAUAUAAAUAUCCGAAAGAUAAGGCUUUACGAAUUUGCGAUUUCGGAGACUUGGAAUGUCUGAACAAUUUGCGUGCUCGUGAUAUAGAUUGGGAGAAAGAUUGCACGCCAAUUUGCUACAUAGAAUGUCGAGAUAAGAGGUACAGUAUAACCAGUGACGUCAUGCCGCUGCUAGCGGAUUUCUACCCGAGGAAUAUAACGUUAGGUCAUAACAUCAGUGAGCUGUCGUCGCUUCAAGUGUACUUUGCAAAGUCAACUUGCAACUGUUUUAAAAAUAUGCUCCUCAUUGACUUCAACUAUUUCAUUGCUAACUACGGAGGAGUUUUCUCACUAUGCUUCGGUGUCUCGAUUAUAACGCUAUUUGAAGUAAUUUACUCGUUCUUGUUUUCUGUAUUGGGAACGUCCUGUAAUUAUGUGAAAAAUACAAAUAAAACUAUUGCAAAAUAUGAUGUUGAAAAUGAGUAA